CAUGCUAUGAUUUACUGUCCCACUUCCUUCUCGUCAUAAAAUCCAGGAAGGAGAAAUAAUGAAAAAUUUUGCUUCCUCCUCCCAGAGAAGCAAGACAAACAGGGCAGAGGAAGGAGUGUAAGAACCACCUUAGGAAAGGAAAAGAUAAUCCAAUAUUGGUUGUAGACAGUAUACCGGUUUUAAAUAAAAAAGGGGAGGUUAUUAUUUAUUUAUUUAUUCAUAAAAAACUGGGGAGGUUUUUUAUUUAAUCCCAGUGAAAUUUGGGCUAAGGGGUAAUCAUCUGACAGCAUGGCAUUAUCUUAAUCUAAGUCACUUGCCUUCCACGCUGGCACUUGUGCCUUCAUAUUAAGCAAUCACAGAAAUAGAGUCUGUGACAUCCAGAUCUGUAUUUACAAUUUAGCUAAAGGAUAGUUCACUAUUUUAUAUAAUAUCUUCCACCUUGAAGUAAUUUAAAACAUAAUGUAUUCCAAAAAUCCCCCACACUGACACAAUUAAGUUGGAAUUCUUUUUGUCACCCUGCAGUCACAAAUGUCUUGACCUGACAGAUUCGGGGCACGUGGGACAGAUGUGGGAGCCAGACAGAACCACAGACUGGUUUGGGUUGGAAGGGACCUUAAAGCUCAUCCAGUUCCACCCCCUGCCAUGAGCAGGGACACCUUCCACUAGACCAGGCUGCUCUGAGCCCAAUCCAACAAGAUACACAAGAUCUCACAGAUGAGGAGACACAAACACUGGAACAAGUGGGAGAAUUGUGUAAACGGAGGAUGACAGAGGAGAUGAGAGGUAACAGCUCUGCUCAAACACUCUUUUCUCUGCUGCUGCAAUCUCAGUCCACAAUGAAAAAAAAUGAAAUUCCUCUUAAUGACAAACAGCCCAUCCACACCCAUGGGAGCUGCUGGCACCGUUUGGAAGCCCGAUGGUGAGUGACAGGAACAGAGACAGAGACAGCUCAUGUGAGGAACCGCAGUCCUGCCACAUGGAGCACCUCAGCUCCAGACAGCCCUUGAGCAGCUUCUUCCAGUAUCUGCUUGGAGAUGAUUAUCUUUAACACACCUUAGGACUCCUGAGAGAAGAGCUCUAUGAGUUACUGCGCAUUCUACAUUCCCAGACCCAUCUGAGAAGUUUUACACCUGCUUUUUGAGCAUCAUAUGCCUGGAAAGGAAGGUUAAGCAAUUUUUUUACGGUUCUUUCCUGUACCAAGAGUGAGAAGCAGAAUCAAAAGCACAAUCCUCUGCUCCAAAUAACCUUGGCAAGACAACACUUGCCCCUGGCUGGCAAACUCAGAGCAGCACACAGUGUGGGUGGCACAGAUGUUAAAUAAGGUUAUGGCUUUCAGUCUUGACCAUAAUAAUUUGGGCCAACCCCCCUUUUGGAUGCAAAUAGACUAUGGAGUUCUGGUAACAUAUUAGGUAGGCUUUAAAAAAAGGAACAGUUGGCACAAUGGGUAAGGUGACCAGACAAAGUACAAGUGGAAGGGGAGUAAAUUAUUAGCUCAAGAGACAGGCCUUGAACCAGAUCACUUCAGCAGAUGUAGACUUAGCAAUUCCCUCUUGCUCCAAACCGAACUUUGUUCCUGUAAUAACUGGCAGCUGAUGUAACGAUAAGAGAAUGAAGUCUAUAAAAAUCUAGCUGAAAGCCUGGGAAGUUCUCAUAGAGUUCUUCCUGCCUCCUCCGCCCACAGCUGGUCGAAGUGACAACUCACGCUGGGAAGAUGCACUGGUGGAAAAUGAUGGCAGUCCUUUUGCUCUGCUCACUGCUGCUCAGCCAGGCACACGGUGCAUCCCUGCCCCAGACCCGGGUGCCACGGCAGCGGCGGAUGACGCCCUUCUGGAGAGGAGUGUCCCUGAGACCCAUCGGAGCCUCCUGCAGGGACAACAGCGAGUGCAUCACCAUGCUCUGCAGGAAGAACCGCUGCCUCCUCACCACGGCCUCGGCAUGAGCUCAAGAUGACAACACCCCUCACUGUUACUGCUGACGAUGCUCCACACACUUGGGACAUAUUUAUUGACUGCUCAGGAGCUGGACAGUGAUUCAAGCAAUCAAAUAUAAACCAUAUUUAAUAUUUCUGUCACCUGUGCUGAUAAAAGGACUUCAAGAGCUCAAGACCAUCUCCUGCCGUGGCUGCGCUCUGUGCCUCAGGAUGCCUCUGGCCAAGCUCAAUAAAAGGGCUCUGCCUCUCCUGCUCGUUUGGGUUUUUUGUAACGGUUCAUAUUAUUUAUUUGAA